CCCUUAUAAGCUUCUGCGCCCUUGCCGUUUGAUCAUCUCCAUCCUCACUUUCUUUGAUACCCUAAGCUUUCCCUUUGGCUGCCAUUGAGCACUACCGCCUAUUCAUUACCCCACAAUUAGCACAGUACGAUCACCGGUACACCACCCGAGGCCACACCACCACAAUGGCAUCUGCCUCGCGAACCUUCUCCCGCGCUCUGCGUACCGCCGCUCCCUCCCUCCGCUCUACCACCACACGCUCCGCGCGCUUCGCUGCACCGGCUCAGAAUGCUUUCCGUAGCAAGCAGUGGCAACGCGGCUACGCCACGGGCAACGAGGAGCCCACAGACAAGUACGAGGGCAACCCUACUGGCAUGUUCGUCGGUGCCGGUGCUCUGCUGCUUGGUGCUGCCGGUUACGCUGCCUACACCUACAAGCCUGAGUUGCUAGGCCUCGAGGGCAAGCCCAAGGCUCCCUUCGUUCCCCGAUUUGAGAACUACCAAGAGGUCUACAACCACAUUGCGAAGCUGCUCGAGGAGCACGAUGACUACGAUGAUGGCAGCUAUGGCCCCGUCCUGCUGCGUCUGGCAUGGCACGCUUCUGGAACCUACGACAAGGAGACAGGAACGGGCGGUUCCAACGGUGCCACUAUGCGCUUUGCCCCCGAAGGCGACCACGGCGCCAACGCCGGUCUGAAGGCUGCCCGCGACUUCCUGGAGCCCGUCAAGGAAGCCUUCCCCUGGAUCACCUACUCCGAUCUCUGGAUCCUCGGCGGUGUCGCCGCAAUCCAAGAGAUGCAGGGCCCCAAGAUCCCCUACCGCGCCGGCCGCUCUGACCGCGACCUCUCCUUCUGCACACCUGACGGCCGUCUGCCCGACGCCUCCAAGGACCACAGCCACAUCCGCGCCAUCUUCGGCCGCAUGGGCUUUGACGACCGCGCCAUGGUCGCUCUGUCCGGGGCUCACGCUCUGGGCCGUUGCCACACUGACCGCUCUGGAUACUCUGGUCCCUGGACAUUCAGCCCCACUACUCUCACCAACGACUACUUCAAGCUGCUGAUUGAGGAGAAGUGGCAGUACAAGAAAUGGAACGGCCCCAAGCAGUUCGAGGACGUCAAGACCAAGACCUUGAUGAUGCUGCCCACCGACAUGGAGAUUGUCAAGGAUAAGAGCUUCAGGAAGUACACUGAGCUGUAUGCCAAGGACAACGAUGCUUUUUUCAAGGACUUCUCAAACGCUGUUGUCACACUGUUCGAGCUUGGUGUGCCGUUUGAGCACCCCGAGGACCAGAGGUGGGUCUUCAAGAGCUCGUUUGACUAAGCGUAUCUGAGCAUUGGGAGAUGUGUGAGUGUGGAGGAUUUCAUUUGAUGUCGAGAUAUCCAGCUAGGUCAACUAGACCAUUGCUUUGUGCGAGAUGAAGGAAAUAAUGUCCAUGUUUCUUCGAUUCAGAGUCGCUUAGACUGCACCAGUACGAUAGAG